AUGUAUCAUUUACAUCCACCAACAAUCGUUAAAGAUUUCGUUGGGAAAGUAGACAUUAACCCUGAAAUUGCUGAAGACAAGCAAAUGCAAAUGCGCAGCUUGAUGGGAUAUAACGUUGAACCAGUGGACGAUUUUCUUGAAAGUCGUGUUCCAGUAUUGGUAAACAACGAUUGUCACGUCGUUCUUUCAGCACCAAAGAAAUCACUUCGCGACUAUUUCUACAAGAAUGCGGAUUGCGAUGAGGUGCUUUUUGUUCACAAAGGAUCAGGAAAGCUAAGAACACAGUUGGGGAACAUCGAUUUUAAAUACGGUGAUUACCUUGUAAUUCCUCGCGGAAUGAUCUAUCAGAUUGAUUUCGAUACAGAGGACAACCGCUUGUUCAUUGUUGAGUCAUUCCACCCAAUCUACACACCAAAGCGUUACCGUAACUGGUUUGGACAAUUGUUGGAGCAUUCACCAUUCUGUGAGCGUGAUUUCAGAGCUCCUUCAGAAUUGGAAACAUACGACGAGCACGGAGACUUCCUGAUUAAGAUCAAGAAAGAAGGAAUUUUGUACUCUUAUACUUAUGCUUCGCAUCCAUUUGAUGUUGCUGGUUGGGAUGGAUACAAUUUCCCUUAUGCGUUCUCUAUUCACGAUUUCGAACCGUUAACAGGACGUGUGCACCAGCCACCUCCCGUUCACCAAACUUUCGAAACGCCAGCGUUUGUGAUCUGUUCAUUCGUUCCACGCUUGUACGAUUAUCACCCGGAUGCUAUUCCAGCUCCAUAUAACCACAGUAACAUCGACUCUGAUGAG